AUGGCACAAGGAAAGCAGAGACCUACAUUUGAGCUAUCGGGAAAACUUGCUGCAGAAACCAAUAGAAGUAAUGGUGUAAUGCUACUAUAUACGAAGCCAGGGGAAGCGCGACGGCGUGAUGUAAAGUAGCGGCCGUAUGUUUUCAAGGGUGGUGAAGAGGUUUGCGAACCGAUUGAGAUAUAUCGGCGGAGCUGUUACCUUUUCGGAAGGGAAAGAAGGGUGGCGGAUGUUCCUAUAGACCACCCCACCUGCAGCAAGCAACAUGCCGUUAUACAGUUCCGGCGGGUGGAAGAGGAGCGACGUGAUGGUACAUUGUUGAAGGUAGUGAAGCCCUAUAUUGUGGAUCUUGGAAGCACGAAUAAAACUUUUGUCAAUGGUGUUGCGAUUGAACCUCGAAGAUAUUAUGAACUUGUGGAAAAGAAUAUGAUUAAAUUUGGUUAUAGUAGCCGAGAGUAUGUGCUUCUGCACGAGAAUUAUGUAGGUUGA